AGACUAGAUUUUUAAACCAAAACAACACAGUAGCAUCUUCCUUAAAAGGAAUACCAUUAGGAGGAACAAAAACUGUAUCCCUGAAAGCAAAAAUCCUUAAAUUGUUAAUAUGCAUGGAAAUUUGUGUUGUUUUUUUUUUUUUUUUUUUUUUUUACACGCGUAUUAUAGGCGUAAAACAAGUCAGAAAAAGUUUUGUGGAAGUUUCUUUGUUAGUUUCUAUGUGUGUAUUUUCAGGAUAUUAAGAUAUUAACUAUAAAUAAUAUUAGCCCAUAAGAAUUGAUAAUCGUUUCUCCUUACAAAUGGAACCGAAACCCAAUAAGCUGUUGAUCCAAUGACAAGUUACGAUAAUUGCUUAAAAUGUUUGUUUGAGGGCUGGCUGUGUAUAGCGCGAGAUGAGAAACUUUAUUGAAAUGUUAACGUUUGAAACGAGCUAUUUUCCAAUUUUCGUUGACACGGGGGUAGCUGUGAAAGCCUGCACGGGAACUGCUUUUCAGUUUAAUCAAUAUUUUCAUUACCUAUGUAACCUACUCUCUCUUUCAUCCUUAAUCUACAUAUAACUUGCUUAUAUUCCCACUAUGUCCUUCUCGCUGGCUAUCCCCAAAGUAUGUAGUUGCAGAAAUCUAUCAAAAAAUUUGCGUUUAUGGUAUGGACAAUCCCAGGAUAUGAGACGGAGUUUUAGUUUGAGAAGAAGCAAUUAUCAUUAGAAAGAAAGAUAUCAUAGCCCAGAACCAUAUGUCAAUGUAUAGCACAGUAACAACUUACAGAUGCCCCCAGAUGGCCACAUGGCCAGGGGAUUCACAUUCAUUCUACUCGUACAUACAUAGAUCAAAUAAUACGUAAUACUUACUCUGCAUAUUGUUUAUAACCCAAUUAAAUGGACGCAAUGUGCAAACAUUUAGGGAUCGGUCGUGAGCCCAGAUGCUCUCAAUAAAUACGAUCCCUAAUAGACUAGAACAACUCAAGUGGUCAACCCUAUAGGAACUAAUAAUAUAUCAAUACAACUGAAGCAAUUAUGAUAUAAUACGUAAAUCAAAAUUAGAUUGCCUUAAAUGAAAUCGUUUAAAGUGUUUAGGCCUUAGAUAACUCUUUGAAAAAACAGUCCAUUGAUUAAUGAUACCAUACUAAUACCAUGGAUUUUUAAAAUGUAAUUUACCAGAUGCAAGUCGAAGAACUUUAUCGGAAUAAAGAGUAAUAUUUUAUAAAGAGAAGCAAAAAAUCGUGCCUUGCCCUAAAACCGAGUCGAUGCAAAUUAGGCAAACCCGUUCAAAGACAAUAAACAUAAAUGUAAAAUUUAUUAAGGAAACCCGAACUGUGGAACAGGUUCUGAAGGAGGGCUUACGUAACAGUUGGAGGUGUUAUAUAAACUGUGCCCCGACUCCCCGAAAGGACAGAGAAGACCCUGCUGUUGACGAUUAAAGAUGUUCAAGAUUGUUCCUUUGGCCGCAGUGCUGCUGUGCUUCGCUACAGCGCAGGUUGUGCCAAAUGCAGAGAUCGGUCGGGUUACCAUCCAAGUGCCGUUGUUGUCUAAUGGAAAGCCCGUCAUUCUGGGCAGCCACGAAGGUGUUGAGGUGGCCCACGUAGAGGAGAUCAAGCCGGGAAAGAUCCAGGUGCUCAAUGAGGUGCCUCCAACGCUCAGCAAAGUUCGGAGUGCGAGAUCCAUUGUAGAUCAUUCCAACGUAGGAAUCCCAAAUCCUGGCAUUCCCAACGAAGGAAUCCCAAAUCCUGGUAUCCCCAAUAGGGGAAUACCAAAUCCUGGCAUUCCCAACGAAGGAAUCCCAAAUCCUGGCAUCCCCAAUGUAGGAAUACCGAAUCCUGGCAUUCCCAACGAAGGAAUCCCAAAUCCUGGCAUCCCCAAUGUAGGAAUACCGAAUCCUGGCAUUCCCAACGAAGGAAUCCCAAAUCCUGGCAUCCCUAAUGUAGGAAUACCGAAUCCUGGCAUUCCCAACGAAGGAAUCCCAAAUCGUGGCAUCCCUAAUGUAGGAAUACCGAAUCCUGGCAUUCCCAACGAAGGAAUCCCAAAUCGUGGCAUCCCUAAUGUAGGAAUACCGAAUCCUGGCAUCCCCAAUGUAGGAAUACCGAAUCCUGGCAUUCCCAACCAUGGCAUCCCAAUUCCCGAUGCUUCUGUGAUCCAACCUGUUGCGGUAAUGCCAACCCACCGCACCACCACCAGCCCCACGAUGACCACUACUACAGUACUGCCGAAGCGUGUCCCGUCCAAGAAUUGCCAUCACCUGCUCUUGGCUGGGAUGACCACCGUCUCACCCUUGGAAAUGAUGGCCACUCCGCCGGCAGAGAACUGCGACGAGCUGUGCACCAAGCACGAAUACAUGCCCGUCUGCGCCCACAACGGUGUGUGUGUCCACGAGUUUGCCAAUCAGUGUGUAAUGGACACUUUCAACUGUAAGCAUCGGGAUCUGUCCUUCCGCAGCGUGGAUGAGGAUGUUUGCAGGUUGGAAUUGUGCGCCAGGCGAUGCAAGGAGGAGGAUUUAAUGCUCUAGGCCUAUGACAACAUACCCACUUAUUCCGUAUUCUCUAAGUCCAUAUAUCCGUCGAACAUAAAACAAAAAUAAUGAAAAUGUAAACCAAUCUCUUGAAUUCACUGCAUGCAUGGGAGAGAAAGAGAGAGAGAGAGAGAUGUCCCAAGUGCCAACAUACUAAAGAUUUGUAUUCCAACAAGACAUUGCGCUUUAUCAAUUCUUAGUUGUAACGGACAAAAUAUCCUUGUAAUUUUAUUUCCUAUUAGUCCCAGAUUAGUCUUAGCUUCCUAAUAGCCAUCAAGUGCAUUUCUUCACUCUAGGUAUUUCCGUGCAGCCAUAGGAUCAAUUGGUCCACGAAAAAGUCCCAUCAAAGUCCCAUAAUUGUUAGGAUAAACCUUUAAGAAUACCAAAAGCCUCUCCCCCGAAACUAGAUUUCUGUUUCUGUCUGGAUAAAUAUUAAUUUUCGUUUUGAUCAGCUGACUGUUGCAAUGCC